AUGACGGAGGGAUACGUGUAUGCUCCCGGCACCGUCCACUUGGUCGACGUCGACAACAUCUUGGAUGUCAAGAAACAGGAGGGGAAGAACAAGAACAUUAUCCUCAACCCUCAGCCAUCAAACAACCCCAACGACCCCUUGAGAUGGUCCCAGAGGAAAAAGUACUUCCAGUUUGGGCUCCUAUGGUUCUGGGGGUUCAUGUUGGCAGUGCUGGCGAACUUUAGUGGUCCCGCCUACGACCCGUGGAUUGCUGAUCUCCACACCAGCUACGGCGACUUGAACGUUGCCGCAGCGUUGUUAUUCUUGUUUUUAGGGCUUGGCUGUUUAUUUCUCCAGCCGACAGCGAUGAAGCUAGGCCGCCGUUUUGUCUACCUUUUGUGUACGGUGCUUGUGAUGCUUGCAAUGGUGGUUGGCGGUGUCGGCAAGAACGUGCUGUACAUCCAGGGGCUGUACAUUUUGAUUGGCUUUGCCGCUGCCCCCGUGGACUCGUUGGUGGAGAUUUCCAGUACCGAUGUGUUUUUCCAACACGAGCGGAGCACGGCGUUUGCCCUUAUGAUUCUUGCGUUGUAUGCUGGUUCCAACUUAGGGCCCGUGGCUGCUGGGUUUAUUGUCGAUGCGAUGAAGUGGCAGUGGCUUUUCUGGAUCCAGUUGUUCAUCUACGCCGGGCUCAUUGUCAUCCAGUUCUUUUUGAUGUUUGACACGACAUUUUACCGAGACCACGAGGAGGAGGAUAAGUUGGAGGCGGAAAUUAUUAGCGUGGUGAUGUCACACGACUCCAUGGCUUUAAGCCACGGAAAAGAGAAAGGAAACGGCCAGAUUGACGAAGUUGUGUCUCACUCGUCAGAGCUGGUGGACGGCAAUAUCAAGAAACGUACGUAUAAAGACUCGCUCAGAUUAAUCGAAACUGAGUACAGCGACCCGCGCCCCUGGUACGUGAUCUUUUUACGGCCAUUUCUCCUCAUUUCGUUCCCGGCUGUCGCCUGGUCUGGCUUGACUUAUGGAGCCCAGAUCAUGUGGUUGGAGCUCAUGUCCGUCACCCAGUCGUUGGUGUUCUCUGAUGAGCCGUAUAACUUCUCCCCUAAUGGAGUAGGGCUCACGAACUUGGCUCCGUUUGUUGGUUGCAUCAUCGGCAUGCUUUACGGCGGUAACUAUGUCGAUUGGUUAUCGGUCCGGUUAGCGAAAAAGAACCACGGGAUCUUUGAGCCCGAGAUGAGACUCAACGCGAUGUGGCUUCCCUUAAUCACCAAUGCCGGCGGGAUCCUCGCCUACGGCCUCGGGUGUAACGCUGGCGUUCAUUGGGCCCUCCCCGUCGUGCUUGGCUAUGGGUGUCUCGGCUUCUCCAUGGCGUCCUCGGGGGCGAUCUGUUUAACUUAUGCUGUCGAUUCGUACCACAAAGUUGGGCUGGAGGCGUUGGUGAUCAUUUUGUUGUUCCGCAACUUGAUUGGCAUGGCGUUCUGCUUUGCCAUCGACCCGUGGUUGCAAGGGUGCGGGUUGGUGGUGAUGACGUGGCUCAUGUUCAUGUUGUCGGUGGUGAUCAACGGGCUGUAUGUCGUGAUGCUUAUUUGGGGCAAACAAAUGAGACUCUGGACCGCCGACCGUUACCACAAGAUCAGCAACCCCCACUUUGGUGAGUUCUGGAAGAGAUCAAAGUAG